AGGGACCCAGAGCUCCUGGGAGGAUGGUGCGGAUCUUGGCCAAUGGGGAAAUCGUGCAGGAUGAUGACCCACGAGUGAGGACCACUACCUCACCACGCAGUAGCACCACUCGACAGAGCUUUCUCAAUAGGGGCCCUGGUGCCCCCCUGGGGGGUCCUGGCCUCCGGCAGCAGCAGGGGGGAGCCAGGCUAGGUGCUGCUCAGUCCCCCUUCAAUGACCUCAACCGGCAGCUGGUGAACAUGGGCUUCCCCCAGUGGCAUCUUGGCAACCAUGCUGUGGAGCCCGUGACCUCCAUCCUGCUCCUUUUCCUGCUCAUGAUGCUCGGCGUGCGUGGACUCCUUCUGGUGGGCCUCGUCUACCUGGUGUCCCACCUGAGUCAGCGGUGACGUCUGCUGGGGGGGCAGGUGUAGGGAGAGGGAGUUGCUAGGCCUUGGCGUAAAGCAGGCACGUGGGGAGGGGAUCUAGUGGUCUUGAAGGUGUGCUCAGAGAACACUCCACAUUGUGUUAAGCAUGAUGCAGAGGGAACCUCUAGUGCAGCAGUCCCAAAAUAUCAGGUGGAUACCCUAAUUCCCUUGAGAUGUUUUUAUGUAGUA